GGGCUUUUCGCGCUUGCUUAUUCCUUUCGAAAAGUGUUUUUUGCACCCUGAAGUGCUCUAGCUCGACCGAACACCGAACUUACCAUUAUGCACAAAAGCCAGCGCAUCUAUUCUUUUUAAAUCGGGUCGACUAACACCGGAGCAAGUAGCUUCAGUGUUCUAAACUCUUGAAAAAAAUAUAACUAUACAUAUAUAUGUGUAAUAUCCUUGGAGUGUUCUUGGUGGUUCUUGCAUUUAUCCAAUGUCAUUAUUUAUCCACCGGAUUUUUUUACAGAUACCGGUUGGUUACAUUACUUCUGAAAAAUACCCUAGAGCCCGAAUGUCACUUGAAAUCAAACAUAAUAACAUAACCUCAACAAAUUUUUAUCAACAAGUACGUACACAAGUGCCAGUGUUGUUUUAUUUUUUUAUUUUCCCACAUUUAAAACCUAAACAAUAACUCAAUUUAAAUAAAAUGUGAAAUUUAUUAUUAGAAUAAUCCUUAAUCGAAAGCCGAUAAGUUGAAAAUUUUAAAUCGAAUCCCAUUUCAAUCAUAAAAACUGUUGCGCUGUUUGUAAGUGCUCAGUGCUGGCAAAAUAAAUAUUUUAGUAUACAUUACACAGUAGGUACAGUUUUUUAGUAUGCUAAUUAAACAAUCAGGCUACGAUGUUAAUUAGAUGCUUUCGAGUAAAAAGGAUCUAUAUAAAGUUAUUAUUUGUUUUGCUGGUAAUCGGCUCUGUUCUUUUGCUCUACUUGAAAUAUCUAACUGAGAAUUUACGGAGUUUGAGGAACACUGAUAAAUUGGUUAGGACAUCUGAUCAUGUUUUCGAGAAUAAAUUAAGAGAAUGGGAAAUGAAGAUUAUACCAGGAUUAGGUGACAAUGGAGAACCUGCCUUUCUUAGUGGCGAAGACUCAAUAGCUGGAGAAAAGGCCCUCAAAAAAUCAGCUUUAAAUACUGUUUUAAGUGAUAGAAUGCCUUUGGACAGGAAACUAAGGGACCCAAGAAAUAGCAAGUGUAAAGAUCUAAAAUAUUCCCCAACUCUCAAAGCAUCAGUAAUUGUGAUAUUUUAUAACGAGCUUAUGUCGGUUAUUCUACGGACUGUAUGGAGUGUUCUUUUACAAACACCAAGUCAUUUAUUACAAGAAAUAAUUUUAGUGGAUGAUUGUAGUACGGAUGAAAGUUUGAAAGGUUUAUUGCAAUAUUACCUAGAAACUAGACUAAAAAAUUACAAUGUGAAAUUAAUAAGGCUGAAACAUAGAAUGGGUCUAAUCCGGGCUAGGCUACAAGGCGCUAGAGAGGCUCAAGGCGAUGCACUGAUAUUUUUAGAUGCCCAUUGUGAAGCUACAAAGGAUUGGAUAGAACCGUUACUCUCUAGAAUAGAAGAAGACAAAACAGCUGUCCUUGUUCCUAUAAUCGAUGUAAUAGAAGCAAGUAAUUUGGCAUAUUCGACAAAUGGAGAUUCCAGCUUCCAGGUGGGAGGAUUUUCUUGGUCAGGUCAUUUUACUUGGAUUGAUAUCCAAGAUGAAAAUGAUAAAGGCAAAGUGACACCUAUUAAAUCACCAACAAUGGCUGGAGGGUUGUUUGCAAUUGAAAGAAGAUUCUUUUGGGACAUAGGAUCGUAUGAUGAGCAAAUGGACGGAUGGGGUGGUGAAAAUUUGGAAAUGUCGUUUAGAAUAUGGCAGUGUGGAGGUCGAUUAGAAACUGUGCCUUGUUCGAGAGUUGGACACAUUUUCAGAGACUUCCAUCCGUAUUCGUUUCCUGAUAACAAAGACACUCAUGGAAUAAAUACUGCAAGAUUAGCCCAUGUAUGGAUGGAUGAAUAUAAGCGAUUAUUUUUCAUGUACCAACCUGCUUUAGAAAAUAACCCUAUAGUAGGAGAUUUGACUCAUAGAAAGCAACUGAGACAAAAACUCAAAUGUAAAAGUUUCAAGUGGUAUUUGCAGAAUGUUUAUCCGGAAAAAUUUAUUCCUGAUGAGAAUGUUUUUGCUUAUGGUCAAGUUAGGACUGAGUUUGAAAUGUGUCUUGAUGAUCUUCAGUUGUCGGAUGAUAAAGUUGGACCCUUGGGACUGUAUCAGUGUCAUCAGUUUUUUGCUGUUAGUCAGUAUUUUUCAUUGAGUAGUGAUGGAGAACUGAGAAAGGAGAAUGUCUGUGCAGAGGUAUUCAACGAGCACGAAGUCCAAUUAACGGAAUGCCACGGACACAAACGUGAACAAUAUUGGGAGUACAAAAAUGGGACAUUAUUUAAUCCGUCUACUAAAAAAUGUCUGAGUAGUGAUAGAGUGGAGAAUGGGAAAGCGUUAAAAGUAGAGAAAUGUCAGGGGGGCGUGUUCCAAAAGUGGUCGUUUACCAAAGUAAACAGAACGGCUGUGGUAGAAUGAGGGUUUUUAAUUUAUAGAGCAACUAAAAUUCAAAAAUAAACUGGUACUUUUUAAAGAACAAUAUAUAGAUAUAAGCUUCGAGUUCAUCCGUUCUGUUUUUAUUUUAUUUUUUAAUUUUUGGGUCUCAAGGUAGAUUGAUUCUUUGCUCAAAGAUUGUAAUGUAAACUCCUCAUCCAGCAAUUUGGUUGUUUAUGUAAAUGAGUACUUAUGUUAUUUCAAUUAUUUAUUGAUUUUUGAAAGCCUAUUAUAUUGUCAAAUAUUGUUAUUAUACCUGAUUAUUUUAACACCAUUUUAUUGUUGUAUUUUUAUAUAAAAUAAAAAAAAAUAUAUGAAAUAAAUGAAGUAUGAUUUCA